AGAGAGGCACCUGAUAUAAAUGAGCACCCCUAGAAGAGACCCGACAGCGCGUUUAACGUGACGGAACCGUGCGAAUCAUGCUUUCAAUCAACAUCGAGCGAUGACGUUUCAAUUUUAUAGCACCGUUUGUUUUUGUUGACGGUCCUAAUUUUUCGCUGGAUGACUAACAUUAGUGGUUUACGGAUUAUCUACGUAUUAGCACAAUAAUAGUCUUAAAAUGCACGGACGCUUGAAAGUUCGCAGCAGUGCUGAGGAGGCCGCACGUAAGCGCAAAGAGCAGGAAGAGAAAGCACAGAAGUUCCGCUCCGGUAUGGGCCGAAUCUUGCUGAAAAAAGUAUCCGACGAACUGGACGACGAAAUGAUGGAACUGACGGGUCGCAUUUUGACCUCCAAUCCGGACAUUGCAACGUUGUGGAAUUUGCGAAGGCGGUGCAUUCAGAAAAUGGUUCUGGAAGAGGAGGAAGAUUUUAAACAAGGGCUGUUCGAUAAGGAUUUAAAUUUUACCGAAAUGUGUCUUCAAGUAAAUCCUAAAUCGUACUGUGCUUGGCAUCAUCGUUGUUGGAUUCUGGAGAAUGCGCCAGCUCCGAACUGGCAGAAAGAGGUGGAUUUGUGUACCAAGUAUCUAAAAUUGGACGAAAGAAAUUUUCACUGUUGGGAUUACCGUCGCUACGUAGUAGAGAAAGCGAAGGUUUCACCGGAAGCUGAGUUAGAAUUCUGUACCGAGAAAAUUCAACGAAACUUUUCCAACUAUUCCUCAUGGCACUAUCGUAGCAAGUUGCUGCCGCUAUUGUACCCGAAUUUGAACGAUCCUUCGCUCCCAAUCAGUGAGGAGAGACUACGGGGAGAACUAGAGUUGGUUCUAACGGCGGCUUUCACCGAUCCCAGUGACAGUAGCGCUUGGUUCUAUCAGCGUUGGCUUCUGGGAUAUUCACAACCGGAGCUAGAUAUCGCUGCAUUCCGAUUAGACACGGAGCGGCAAGUUGCAGUAGUAGCAUUCACUCGUCCCGUUAAUCUCAAGCUGGAGAAGGUGCGAUUGACGUUUGACUUGAGCAAGGAAACGGAUCAAAAAUUGGAGUGGGAAUCGGCUACCGAUGAUAACUAUUGCGUGACGUGGAUUUUACGGAACGUUCAGACCAAACCAUCUGAUCAAAGUUCUACACUGGUUUCGUUUUUAGAUGAAAAUGGAAAAACUUUUACUUUGCAAGCAGAAAAACAUUCCCCCUGUUCGUUCAUAGGCAUUAAAAAACCGAAGUUUGGCUUCGAGUUCGGCACCGCUGUUCUAGAUGUUUUAAAAAACCAGCUGGAAUCAUGUCAGCAACUGCUGGAGUACGAGCCAGAGAGCAAAUGGACACUGUUAACCGCUGCUCUGCUUAUGAAAGCCAUCGAUCGCGCUGGACAUCAUGCGGAGAUACUGGCGUGUUUGGAAAAGUUGCAAAGCGUAGAUCCCAUGCGAAAGGGUUAUUACCGUGAUUUAACGAGCCGUUGGAACAUCGAGCACCGGCUGGAGCAAUGGAUUGACCAGGCAAACUACGCACACAAAGUUGAUCUUUCCGGGUUGAAGCUGGAACGAAUCUUCUAUGAACAAUACUUAUCGGUUGCGGAUGAGAUUGAUCUGGGUGCGAAUCAGCUGUCGGAGAUCGCGUUGAAUAAAUUCGCUCACUUCGUGUUUUGCAAGCGGCUCUCGCUGGAGGACAGUUUUGAGAAUGGGGAAAAGGCGGAGUCGAUGGUUAAGCGGCUUUGCUGUGGUCUGAAGGAGCUGACCGUUGCUGUUUAGGGUCACUUGGUUGAUUGCAUUCCUAUUUGAUGGGUCACUGUUUGAUGCUUGCUGGGCUUCGCUUGAGCUUGCUAUUGUUAGACGUAAUAGCUUUAAGAAUAAAAUAACGAUCGAUGGAUACAUAAUAGUUGAUAUAUCAGAGGAUCAAUAAAUUAGCUUGCUAUCUA